CCCACCACGACCUAAACAGCACCAGGAGGGAGAGGAGGGAGGAGAGCCGCAGCCCGCAGCAGCAGCAGCAGCGUCGCAGCCCCGCUUUCAGCCUGCAUGGGCUAGUCGGUUAGCUCGCUUUAGCAUCGUCCGACUGCGCCGCACCGCCUCUCCCAGAGCCCGGAGCCCCGGCUGCUAUCUCCGUGUUUGCCUCUCCGUCCCUCGAGUCGUGCUGCCCCGCUGCCCGGCUUCAACAUGAUGAAGUUUAGGUUCCGUCGGCAGGGCACCGACCCGCAGAGAGAGAAGAUAAAACAGGAGCUUUUCGCCUUCAACAAGACUGUGGAGCAUGGGUUCCCUCAUCAGCCCAGUGCUUUGGCCUUUGACCCCAAGCUGGAACUUAUGGCCAUCGGGACAAAAUCAGGAGCCAUCAAAGUCUACGGCUCUCCUGGCGUGGAGUUCACAGGACUACACAAAGACACCACCGCUGUCACACAGAUCCACUUCCUGCCUGGACAGGGCCGCCUGCUGUCACUGCUGGAUGACAACACGAUUCACCUGUGGGAGCUGGUGGCCGGGGCCCCGCGGGAGGUGGGAGGGGUCAAGAGAGAAGGCGUGGUCUCUCUGCAGGAAGUGGACAGUUACAGCCUCCCAGGAAGACCUGGCAUCGAGAGCUGCAGUGCCACUCGGGUGACCGUCCUCCUCUUGCUGAGGUCCUACGAGCUGCUCUGCAUCGGCACAGAGGGAGGGGGCGUGUACUUCCUGGAGUUGCCCCGUCUAUCACUGAAGGAAAACCAGACGCUGCUCCAGGAUCAGAUCACACAGAGCCUGCCAGAUGAUUACAGAUGUGGGAAGUCCUUGGGGCCGGUGGAGUCUCUUCAGGAACAUCCUCAGCAGUCAGGGAAGAUUCUGAUUGGCUACAGCCGGGGCCUGGUGGUCCUGUGGGACCUGAGCACCCGUCAUGCUGAGCAGCUCUUUCUGGGCAAACAGCAGCUGGAGAGCCUGGUGUGGGAACGCUCGGGAAACUUAUUCGUCAGUUCCCAUAAUGAUGGAGGCUACUCUGUGUGGACUGUUACUAAUGGCAACAAAUGCAAUCACCAGCCAGUGUCCUCCUCCAUCCCAUAUGGUCCGUUUCCCUGUAAGGCCAUCAACAAGAUCCUGUGGAGAACAACACAGACGGGUUCUCCAGUGUUGUUAUACAGCGGGGGGAUGCCCAGAGCCAGCUACGGUGACCGCCACUGUCUGACUAUUCAACAAGACAAAGAGCACGUCACCCUUGACUUCACAUCCCGAGUCAUCGACUUCUUCACUGUCCACAGCACGGAGCAGGACAAAGAGUUUGAUGAGCCGUCUGCGUUGGUGGUGUUACUGGAGGAGGAGCUGGUUGUGAUCGACCUGGAGACCCCUGGCUGGCCCUCCCUGCCCACACCCUACCUGGCUCCUCUCCACUCCUCCGCCAUCACCUGCUCCUUCCACGUCUCCAGCGUCCCUCCCAAACUCUGGGAGAGGCUGGUCAACGCCGGCAGAGCACAGCAGGGCCGACAACACACACACGGGAGCUGGCCCAUCUGUGGAGGGAAAAACCUGGCUCCUCCACCCAAGCAACAAGAGCUGCUAUUGACAGGGCAUGAAGAUGGCACUGUGCGAUUCUGGGACGCGUCAGGUGUCGCUCUCACUCCGCUGUACAAACUGAGCACAGCCAACGUCUUCCACACCGACUGCGACCCCUGCGACGAGCCUCAGGACCCCAGCGACGACCCCGACAUGCAGCAGGAGGAGGAAUGGCCUCCGUUCAGGAAGGUUGGCUGUUUCGACCCGUACAGCGAUGACCCCAGACUGGGCAUCCAGAAGAUCAGUCUGUGCAAAUACAGCAACAAGCUGGUGGUGGCGGGAACUGCCGGACAGGUGAUUGUUCUGGGUUUGAGUGACGAGCGUUCUGACCACUUGGUGGACGUGUCCGUGGUGGAUCUGCUGCAGGACAGGGAGGGCUUCACCUGGAAGGGCCACGACAGACUCGAGCCACGCCUUAAACCCGCCCCCUUCCCCCCGGGCUUCCAGCCGCUGGUGCUGGUGCAGUGCCUGCCGCCGGCCUCCGUUACAGCAGUGGCUCUGCAUGCAGAGUGGAACCUGAUCUCCUUCGGGACGAGUCAUGGAUUUGGCCUUUUUGACUACCACAGAAGAAACGCUGUGCUGGCCAGAUGCACCCUGCACCCCAACGACUCGUUAGCGAUGGAGGGUCCCCUAUCAAGAGUCAAGUCCUUGAAAAAGUCCUUACGACAGAGCUUCAGACGCAUCCGCAAGAGCAGGGUGUCGGGGAAGAAACGCACCAUCACCACACCCACCAGCAAGGUCCAGGAGGCCAACGCUGCUUUGGCAGAGCAGGAGGACGUGGCUCCGAUACAGCGGAGGAUCGAGCCCCGGUCAGCGGACGACUCGCUGUCCGGAGUGGUCCGAUGUCUCUGCUUCGCUGACACCUUUCUACGUGACGGUACACACCACGGCCCCACGCUUUGGGCGGGCACCAACUCGGGCAGUGUGUACGCCUACGCUCUGGAGGUGCCCGGCGUCGGCUCGGGCCGCGUUUGUGAGCGCGGCGGAGCGGGUGAGAGCAGUGUGUGUGUGGAGGCAGUGCUGGGUAAAGAGAUCCAGCUGAUGCACAGAGCCCCCGUGGUGUCCAUCUCCGUGUUGGACGGCCGGGGGAAACCGCUACCGGACCCGUACGAAGCCUCUCAGGACCUCGCCAUCGCGCCGGAUAUGACCAACGCUCACUCUGUCCUAAUCGCGUCAGAGGAACAGCUAAAGGUGUUCUCUCUCCCCAAGGUGAGCGCUAAGACCAAGUUCAAGCUGACGGCACACGAAGGCUGUCGGGUGAGGAAGGUGGCCCUGGUGGUGUUCAGCUCCACAGCUCAGGAAGACUACAGCGAACACACACUGGUCUGUCUGACCAACCUGGGCGACAUGCACCUCUUCAACAUACCCGGCCUCCGACCACAGGUGCGCCACGACUGCAUCCGUAAAGAAGACAUCAGCGGCAUUGCAUCGUGCGUCUUCACCAAGAACGGACAGGGGUUUUACCUGAUCUCUCCCUCAGAGUACGAGAGGUUCUCCCUGUCAGCCAAAGUCCUCACUGAACCGCUCUGCUCUGUUCAGCUGGACCGACCACUAGAGCCCACACCUGCCAGCGAUGGCACGACGACGCAGCCGCAGGCCAACGGAACCCACAAGAACCAGAUGGGUCAGGCUGAGGGGCAAACAGAGGAGCCUCCGAGCUCCCUGUCCUCCCCCAUCCUGGACACCCCGCUGGACUCCCCCCUCAGCUGUGCUGACCUCACCCUGGACUCCACCGGAGAAAUCACCGUGGAGGACGUCAGGGAUUUUCUAACCACUGUGGAUGAGGCGGAAAAUAACCUAAAGAACAUUAAAGAGGAGGAGGGACGCUCGACUGGCAUCCUCAUUAACUGAACAGUAUUACAGGGAGGGGCUCAAGUGGUCUGGAUGGACCGGAUUUCAGUGCUGGACCACAAACAUCUCCCAUCAUCCCACUGUGGAGCCCCCUCAGUCAGCACUCUGCACUCUCCUGUCAGCCUGGCACAAACCGGGAAGAAAGCCUUCAUACGGACUCUUGUUGAUGUUGUUGUUGUUUUUUUUCCUCCCGCUGGAAGAAAACCCCAUCUUCUUCUUCUCUAACCACUCUGGAAACAUGACAUUUCCUCCCACGUGGAGACAGACGCAGCAUACUGAGCACAGUGUGGCGCCCGGAUGGACCUGAUGAUUCUGAUUUCACUGAAAACUGAACUUUUUUUUCCGUCAUCCAUCUCAAUGCUCUGCGCGAUCAUUCCUCCCAAACCCUCGGAUGGUUACAUGGCGGUCUCCAGGCGUAAUGGCUGCGGCUCAGCCUUCGAGGAAAGAGCUGUUCUAUCCUGCGUAGGAGACCAGUGACGUUUCUGUGUUUUUAUUUUUUUAUCCACAGGCGCGCUGGGAUCGGUCUGAGGUUGGAACUGGAACCAGUGAGCUUGUGGAUUGCUCGUGGAUGUGUUGGAUUGUUUUGCACGCCACCACAGCCCUGUAAAUGACCCGCGUUUAUGAAAUAAAUAUCCAGCAGAGACUGAAAGGGAGCGUUGUAGAGUUCAAGAGAGUAAGACUAGAAAAAUGUAGUAUUUUGAAUAUUUGAAAGCUGUACAAUUUGUAUGCUGCCCCUCCCGGGUGCCAUUAAGUGCAGUUGAAUUGCUUCUCCCAGUGUCCUGUGUGGGCUGAAGUCAGCUGUUUUCACAUCAGUGAGCCAAUAAUUUACAUAUAUAUUAUUAUUAUACACAAGCACAUCACCACCAGGGUUUUGGGAAGCUCUCUGUCUACUCUCUUGGUAUUGAAGAAAAAAGGACUUGGAUAAUGAAGAGGCGUUUUGUAAUACAAAGAUUGAUGUUCUAUUACAUAUGUUUUGUAUUGAAGAAAGUAAAGAUAUUUUAAUGACUAAUAGAAAGAGGAAGAGGAUGCAAGAGGAAAGAAUCACACUGAUUUCAAAGGGAACCAGCUGGUAAAGAGGGAAGCAAAGGCGGUACUAUGUAUUUAAAGGGACAGUCCACCCCAAAAUAUAAAAAAACACCCUGCAACUCACCAAAACAAUGUCAAUUGAUAAAUUCAAAAGCAGAAAAGAGGAAAAAAUGUGUUUUUUCAUUUUGGGUGACAUGUCCCUUUAAGGACAGAUUUCGGUGAAACAAUAUUUUUGAAAUACCUUUAUUGCUGAAUGCAUGGCCUGAGUUGCAUAUACAUUAUUUAUCUAUCAGUCAGAAUUGGACAAAUCCUGUUUUUAUUAAGAACACAUUGUGAUAGUUUGCUAAAAUCAGAUCUGAAGAAAAGAAAAGCGUUCCCAGUAGUUAAAAAAUAAAGAGAAGGUAAAGAAUGUGGUAAAACUGGAGUUGUUAAAUCCUCCAUCCUCUGUUACAUCAUCUCAUGCAGAAAUCUUUUUGACGGGACUCAGGGAAGUGUGGCACGGGAAGCAAAGUCAGUCUGAAUGCUAAGUGUAAUGUACUGUGUACUACGAUGCACCCAGGAGAUGUCUUUUGUGGGUUUCUGUGAAUCGGUGCAUUCUGGGUAAUAUUGGCUAGAGGCAGAGCUUUGAUCACCAGUAUUUUUAACACUUUUAAAAAAAGUUUUACUGUGUAAAAAGAAAAAAAAUAUAAACAGUAUCUAUACCUAGGUUUACAAAAGACAGGUUUAUAACGGCAAGCCGAUGAUAGAGUAAGACGAUAGAACUGUAGAACCUGUCGUAGCCUAAAACCGCUCAGUAUUCACCUCACGUAAAACAAAAUAAAAAGUAAAAAAGGGACCUCACUACUAACUAAUGUAGCUCAACAGGUAGGAAUCAUAUUAAUGCUUUUGUAAUUUUGUGUUAGUUUGUUUUGGUGCUCUGGUUGACACAAAUUAUUAACCCCUUGAUGCUACAGCUGGCACGAUUUACUUUUGUAAUUCCACAAUUAAGAUGAAUUUGUUUCUACUUUGUCAUUCAGUUUUGUGUGUAGGAUUUUAAUCGGGUCAUUUAGCGUUUUGGCUGAUGAAGAAUUGUGAAUGUUAAUAAAAUUAUUUACUCUCUAUGGGAA